ACUGGCAAGGGCGAGGAAGACAGAGGGAUAGAUACAGUUGCGUGUGCCACGGAAGCAUGCGCAGCGACCCACGGUACGACAGGUGCGCGCCAGCAAAAUUACCGAACCUUACAGUUUCGGGGAGGCAAGCGCACUUUCAACGUUCGCCGUGUCCGUCAGUCGCCCGCGGGUCUAUACCCCGACUGGUCGCUUUUCACCACUCUGCAUGUGUACAUCCAUGCUAAAUACACCCGUCAGCGAACGAUUUUCCGUAUACUAUUAUUAUUUAUUAGACGAUUGCGAUUUAUCAAAGAACAUUUGGUGAUUAAAGUUGUCACUGUCGUCCUAACGUUCUUAAAUAUUUAUUUCAGUUAUCAGUUAAUUUGAAUUCAAUUUUUUUUUUUCAUUUCUUUAGUACAAUAAUUACUUGUUUAGUGAAGUCACAUCAGUGCCAACGUGUUGCCACAAUUGCAUAUUCAUUUUUAUUUUCAAAUGCUCGAUCAAUUCUGUAAAUUGCUAGUUUUGUGUGAAUUAUGUUGUGAAGUACAUCGGGAGUAAUUGAAUUUCUCUUGAGUAUUCUAAAUCCCCAUUUCCCAUCGAGCCACAUGUUUUGUGGAGCAGUAUCCUAGUCUCCUGUGUUCUACAUCUCAGGAGGAUCAUACAGCUAAUUAAUUGUGCUUUUCUUUGAAAUACUAAAGUAGCCAUUGUGACUCUGUCAUUCAGCUUCAGUGGUUGCUGAGAGCUUAUAGAAUGGCCACUUCAAUUAUUCACCUAGUCCUUGUGCAGAUUUUUCUGGCGUUUUUCGUGAAUGGUAGCGUCGAGCCAUGGAAAAAGAGUGAGAAAACAGCUGAACGGGGUAGUGAGGUUGAAUUGCCUUGCAUCCUCAAAAGCUCGAAUUGCCGUGGUCUUCACAGUAUCAAAUGGUAUCGAGGUACACAGAGAAUCAUUAUAUUCAGUGAAAAUGCUGGCACCACCCACGACAAUAAUGACAUUGCCAACAGAACAUCAAUGGACUACUAUGCAAAUGUAACGCAAACUUUACUCAAGAUUAAGAAUCUCAAAGUGGAGGAUGAGGGGUUGUACAGGUGUGAGGCGACCUAUCUUACGAUAAAUCGCGAGUGCAACAACGUACAACAUAUCACCCUCAAUGUCACCGUGAGUCCAAAAUUUGUUAAAGUCAUUGAGAAGGACAAAGAGGCUGAGAAUUUAACGUCUGGCGUACUUCUUGGACCGGUUAACGAGGGAACGAACAUAACGUUGAUUUGUGAGAGCGACGAGGGAAAACCAGUGCCUAUAGUUGAGUGGUACAAAGAUGAUCAACGAGUAACGGCAAGUGGAUCGACGGAUAUCCAGAGAAAUGGCAUCGGUACAGGACGUAGUGUGCUGGAACUGCAGGUUAGCCGCAACGAAUUAGGUGCCACUUUUGUCUGCCGAGUCAGCAGUCCAGCGUUGGCAGAGCCCCUCACUGUCGACAUCGGACUUGACGUGCACGUGGGUCCACUGAAAAUGAACGUUACGGGGGUUGUUGGCCAUGUGGUCAGUGGUACAAAGAUCUUACUGGAGUGCAAAGUGAGCGCAGCAAGACCAGCGGCCAACGUCACCUGGUGCAAUGGCACUGACAUUCUCUCAGAUAAUAACGAACGGACUGAUGUAUUUGAAACCAAAACUAGUGAUAACAGCGAUGGUACAUUCGAAACGAGCAGUUAUUUUGGUUUUACAACCUCCGAGUACGACAAUGGUCAGACAUUCAGCUGCUUUGGGGAAAAUUCUGUAACAAGAGCAGAAGGUGUUAAACCGAUGAAAGAAGCUAUUACAAUGGAAAUACUAUAUCCACCCAUCGUAUCUAUGCAUCCCAAAAACAUAACCGUAAACGAAACUGAAGAUGUCGUUAUGUUCUGCGAAUACGAUGCAAAUCCAGCAAGCCUCAAGUCUGUGAAAUGGUAUCGAGACAAUCAGGAAUUAGACCUCACCUCCGAUCACUACGAAGGUGGCUUAACAGAUCAGCCUUCGCUAACUGUAAAAAUGUCAAACUCCUCUGAUAUGGGCACCUAUAAGUGUGUCCUCACCAAUAGCGUAGGCAAUUCCUCUGAUGACAGCUCCAUUGAUGUUUCAAUACUGUAUAAACCAAGUGUUCAAGUUAUCGUUGAGCCUGAAGUACCGGUGAACGAAGCUGAACGUUUGAAUGUGUCACUGACAUGUGACGUUACAGACGGUAAUCCUAUAAGUUUGAAUGCCGUGCGGUGGUACUUAGACGGUGAUUUGCUCAAGGAGUUGCCGGACUGUGCUAGAAACUCAACAGUUUCAACUACAGACGAUACUUCAACAUUUUGUGACAUAGAUCCAAGCAAAUUGCUUCUCGAGGCAGUUGGUAGGUCCUUCCAUGGAAAUUAUUCAUGCGAAGGAAGAAAUGAUGCUGGAUGGGGGCCAAUAUCAGGCAGAACAUCAGUGACUGUGCACUACAAACCAGGACCAGCGACGAUAUCGUACGAACCAAUGAGGGUCGUUAAAGGCAAUCCACUGAAUAUCACCUGUUCUGUUAUUGAUCCUGGUAGACCACGCAUCACAGGAUACAAGUGGAUACGCGGUAUCCAUCGGCUGACUGAUCAGGAAAAAGCUGUUUUGAGUAUGGAGUCCGUUAAUUUGAGAACCAAAGACAAUUUUACAUGUAUGGCAUACAAUGAAGCUGGUGAUGGUGAUUCAGCCACCACUUUCAUUGAUGUAUCGGCCGCUCCUGCUUUUAUUCAUCCACUUGCACCGUAUCAUGGCUAUGUUUACAACGCCACAAAUGUUAGCAUCGGUUGUCGUGUUGAGUGCUCACCUAUCUGCAAUGUAUCCUGGUCUAAGAACAAUAAACCGAUCGACUUUAGUGCCAACGAUAGCCUGUAUUACGUGACGAAUGUAUACCAUCCGGCUGACAAAGGUACCAGUGAUUUUGAGAGCAUACAGUCGAAUCUCACGUGGAAUCUAUCUGCAUGGCCCAAUGGUCAACUGGAUCGUCACAAAGACAAUGACAACUUCACUUGUGAAAGUAAUGGAAAUGGAAUUGGACCUGGUGUUAGAAGUACAACUCAUUUUCAAGUUGAAUAUCCACCAGAAAAUAUGACAGUCUCGACUCUGAAAAUUAGCGUAAUUGAAAACACUAUACCUGACAGUGUAAAGUGUAGUGCUGUAGCACAUCCGGAACCCACAUUUAGAUGGUAUCGAGAGGGUUCACCAGACAUCGCUGCAUCUUCUAGUGCUGUACUUGAUAUCAAAGAAAGAGUACCCAGACGAAGUAAUGGAACGUACAUAUGUGAAGCCAGCAAUCGUCACGGACCAGCCAGAAUUUCCGUUUGUCUCGAUGUUUUGUAUAAACCAGAUUGUCAGAUCAAUCGGGAGCGGAUAAAUGGUGAAGAUUAUCUGGUAUGCUCAGCUGUUGCAAAUCCCAAAGAGUGCAACUUCAAUUGGUCGUUGAAGAGCGACAACGACUCUAUCGAUCAGCUAGCGGAAAUGCGGGAUGGCAAGAGUUAUCUCCUCUUGGACACAACCGUCACAAAUUAUCGGACUUAUAUGUGUAUUGCCAAUAAUACAAUUGACUUCUCCAGUCCCUGUGAGCUCGGUGUACCAGCUCGCCAGGGACGCUCGGGUAAUAUUCCUUGGUGGUUUCAUCUCGAGGAACAUUCAUUGAUCAUCAUCAUCAUUGUUGCCAUGGUGAUACUGAUUGUUAUAAUAGUUUGCUCGGGGAUAAUUUACCUGAUUUGUCGGAGAAGGAGGAUGCAGGCUAAAUACAGUAAUCGCGUGGUCUCAAUGGAGGAACGUGAACACCCCGAUGGUGGUCCACCAAGUCCCACUGACUCCACGAGAUCGCACAAUCAUUGUUCAUCAUCCAUUCAUCCUAGUCCAGCGCCACGUUGGCCACUGAAACCCGGUGUACUCGUGCACAUUAAUCGCACACACAGUCUAAGCACGGGAUUAAGUCCAGUACACGCGAGACAGAAUCUCCAGAUGCACUCGACUUUGUCCGGCUGCACCGAGACCGAUCAAUACCACUCACAGGAAACCAAUGGGGUAGUUAGAAAACCAGUAAGGCCAUUCAGGCGUGGCAAAACCACCACUGUAAUCGGCCACCUGGAGCAACACCAUCAUACUACUGGCGUGCCAAUUGUUCAUGAUGAGGGUAUGAUUGCACGUGCAAAUAGGAUAAGAGCAAUGUUCAGUUCACAAUUGAGAGAGCCAGGUUCUUUUCCAGGGAUAUCCCGAGAUAAAACUGCUGUGACUUACAAAAGAAUAGUACCACGCCAGCGGAUGUCGUCGCACGGAGGCCCAUCGUUUUCCGUACCGAGUCGUGACAACCCCCGUGUCGACGGCUGUGGUAACAUUAACGCCAACGUCAACACCAACGCAUCCCGUAAGCGUAAAAAGCCUGGAGCAGAUCCUGGUCAGGGGGUGAACAAUAAUCGAGUUGACAGUGUUUCGGAGGGCUUACCAGAUUCUGAUACGAAAACAUUUUACGAUAAUUUACCGUUCCAUGGCAUUCAGGCACCACAAAAUAAGCCAUUCAAACCAGAGUUCUCCGAUCUGGAUUAUGCCGAUGUCGACUACAAAUCCUAUGGGCCCAUAAAUUACAAAGCUGCCAGUAUUGCUUUACUACAGACGCGAAAACAACCACAACAGCAGCAGCAACCUCUCGAAAGACGACCACAGAUGUACGGGACACAGGAUGACAACGAGGAAUUGCUCUGAAUAAACAUUAAUAAUUGGAAGAAGUCAUGUAAAUGAAUUAUACGAUUCGGCUCAUUAAUUAUUCAAUGAAAUGAAUGUGACAAAAGUUACUCGAUCUUGGUGGAAAAACUAAUGUCGCCAGAGUUCUUACGUAAACCGUAAGACAUCGAUUGGUCCCGACCACUGCUAAAUUGUCCAAAUUCGAAAAUUCGUCUCUUGUUAAAUUUAUACUUGCCAUUAUGAAUAAACAGGUUAAGGAAGAGUUUUUAACUUAAAUGUAUAAAUAUAUAUCUAUACUUUUUUACGCGUUGAGUGUGUGCAGGGAACAAAUUUAAUAACCGUGGAUAUUAACGAGAAUGUAUGGUUCUGAUGAAGAAUAGAUAUCCAUUGGGACCUUCGAAAUUGCCUCGAUAACGUCCAAAUACUAGUGAACUUAUUCAGGCAUCGAGAUGAGCCCGUCAUAAAUUAAUAGGUCAAAGGAAAUUUUCAUCGUUAACGGCUUUCGAUAUACGAUAUAAUACUCUAUAGGAUACACAGAAAAUUUCAGGUUCAUUUAAUGAAGAAUGUACAGAGUUAUAUUACACUGUGCUGUCACGGAAUUGUUGCUCGGUUAAUUCGAACAAUGAAGAAAUGUCUUUUGUGAUGAGAUACCUCCUGGUUGUUUACGAUACUCUCUUCAAUUGUUACUAAACUACCGAAAAAAAAUGUUAUUCGAUAGAUGUCUUUGUACGUGAAGGAUUAAGGAGAAUUCAGUGACUAGUGCAUUUGAUUUACAACUUGAUUGUUCAACCUGACGCAGAACCAGGGUGACAAUUUUUUCAUUUAUUUAUUUAGUUAUUCAAUGGAUGUUUCAUGUACAAACAACUGUGGCAUUUUCUGUCCAUCUAAACCGCGCUUAAUAUAUUAAAAUUAUACACUAAUAUAGAUCGUGCAGAUAAGUAAUGGAAGGUAUAUAUAAACCUUAUUGUACAGUUGAAUUCUAUGCUCCAUUUGAGAAGCCAAGAAAAUAAUGGAAUGAAUGCCAAUUAGUCAUCACUACCGUCCAGGAAAUAUCCGAUUGAGCGAAAAAAAUAAUCUCAGAUUGGUAACAUUAUUUAAUUACAAUCACCAGUGUUAUCUGUCUAUAACGAGCCACAUAAAUCGGAAUCUCAUUAUAACUGGAAGUUUCUGACAUCGAAUACCUGUUUAGUUUCAAUCAAAUUGAGUGCUUCAAUCCAUCAGAUAUAACAUUUUUUUACUGGUCAAUAUUCUUUAUUGCUAUUGACGAUGUCCUUUUUUAUCAAACUAAUUAUCAACAUAUCAGCUCACUCUGAAAGUCAUUUAACAAAAGUAAUUCUGUUUGCAAAUCAAAAUGGUACUCUCUGCUUCGUGUCCUAUCGUACCAUCGACGAUGUUAAAUUUUCAUGGUAUACUACACAUGUCUCACGUAUGGUACUGCAUAGUGGAGAUCUACCCCAUACAGAUAGCCACAAAAAACGUCAUUUUUUCGUUUUUCCGUGAUAGGUUGGGCAAACCCAACAGUAUAAAAAUAUUUUACGAUUUUCACCGGUAUUCGGAACAAAGUAUCGGGGGUAUAUUUUCCUUCGUCAUUCGUGGGCACGUAUUUUUAGCAGCUUGAAAUUGCCGUCUUUAAGAUUUUCAAACCGUGAGAAUGUUCAAUCAAUUAUCACAGAGAUAUAUAUUUUCGUGUAUUCAAAGUUCGCAAAUUCAAUUUAAGAUGUAAAAUCGUUAGACGAGACGUAAUGUUCAUCAUUUGUGUUUCUCAAAUAUAAUUUAUCCGCUGAAUAAAGUAGAUGCAUCAGAUUAAGUUAUUAAUGUCUUUCUGUUUAAACCGUAAUCAUGGAUGGGAAUAAAUUAAGUUUAUAGUAAAUAAUUGGUAACGAGAAAAAAUCACACCAUCUUUAAAAAACUGAGCAAAUAAAAGUACUUCCAAUUUUUAAUGAGACCUAAAAAAACAAAAUUCAUAUUCACGAAGUAAAUUGGAAACCACAAAUUACUGCCACUUUUAAUUAUCUCCGUAUUAUAAAUAUUUUUAUUCUAUCCUUCACCAGCAUUGAGGUACACUCGUUUAUAAAAUUUUAAUGAUGCCAGAGAGGAGAUAGGUGUUCGAUGCAUUUAAAAUCAACAACAUUUGAUGCUUCCCUCCACAUCGCUGUGCUUGAACUUUGUGCCAAUGUUAUAUUAAUACUCACCAAAUAUUUAAUUUAUAUGAUUGGAAAUAAUGGAAUGAGAAUCAAUAUCAUCCGAUACAAUAAUCUUCCAUGUGCUGAACACCUCACGCACAUUAUAGAGGGAAUUAAAGAUAAAUACUCGUUGAUGAUAUAAUUUAUUGUUUUUUAUGUACGAUAAAAAACACUGUAUAAAUAUUUAUAUAAUGUUCCUACCUAAUGGAAGGCAUAUCAUAAAAUGCUAAACAAAAAUUACGAUAGCCAAAGUUCCUCAACAGUCUUACCAAAGAUUAACAACCCUGACGUGAUUGAUGCAAUCGCGUUCAAUUAAAUUUGAAAUUAUUCACAAUUUGUUCUUCCUCAGUUUUCACCUAAACCAUGAAUUAUCAAUGAUAAGUUGUACAGAAUCAACGAGCAUUGUAGAUACAUGUAAAAUUGUAUUUAAAACGAUGGAAAGUAUCUCUAAUGUAUUAUAUAUCCUAUUAAAGCCAUAUAAGUAAUUAUAUAAUUGCGAUUCUCGCACAAUGUUAUGAGAUUAAUAAUAUUCAAUAUUUAUUUUUAAUUUCAUUCCUCGCUUUGUUACCAUUUAUUGUUAAUAAUGUUUUUUUUUGAAAUAUCAGUUGUGUCUAUAACUCAGUUGUUCUCUCCAUCAGUUUAUAUUAUGCUGACGUUAUUGCCUCCAUUAUCCUCUCAUUCUCGCGAUUGAUAUUGGCAUGCAAAUAAAAUCACUGAAUUCAUACGGUACGUAUCAUUCGCAAAUUAUUUGGCAGGCGGUGAAAAAUAAUCACAGAACAUAUGGUGAUGUUUAUCAAAAUACGAUAAAAUGCGAAAAUUAUCGUAAUUUUUCAACCAUAGAUAAUAUGAUUGCACCAGCACUGUACGACUUGUUAUAACUAUUGUUAUGCAGCAAAUUACUCAGUAUGCAAUGACAAUGUGUGUUUAUAAUCCUAGAGUAAACGACACGCUAAGGAAUGUGAAAAAAAAAUUCAACAAUAUGAACAUUUAAAUUUUCAAAAAAUAUACAAUAUUACUCUAUUGGUAUUGAAAGUUUAUAUUAAGAAAAUCAUGUUCCAUUUACCGAAUCGUUAUAAAUUAUUUAUAAAUCAUUGUACUGGAGCUUAGCUCAUGCGUAUUCGUACGUUAAUUUCAAUCAUUGUCAAAUACCAAAAACAUAAAAUCUGUUGUCUGUAAUUAUGAAAUUAUUCAUAAAUACGCGUUGUAAAUACGAUUGAUCUGCCUAGUGAUAUUAAGAAAAUGAAUGGAAAAAAACGUUAAUAAAGAGAGAAAUUAACUAUUCA